CUCAAAGAUUCCUCUCUGCAAACAUCCCUCUCCAUUGCUCAACUUAUCGGUGCAGCAGUCCGCACCCACACCGCCGUCAUCGAAUGGUUCCCGUCCCAAGAACGCCAAAAAGAAAUGAAAAAUCGAAGAGGAUGGGAGAAACAUGACGUCGUCUACCAGGCUGCGUGGUAAACACGGAACUUAGGUCCCUCGUCACCUUAUCGCUAUGAUCCAAAAAAAAGGAUAGCAAGGUAAGCAUAUGUCAGGUCGUCGUGUAACCGGGAUACAGACACAGGAGGCCGCUUUGUCUUCUGUGGGAGGACCAACGAUGGACAAUCCUUCCGUGGCAAAGACCUUGCCCAAAACAUUGUUGGAAGCUCCUGUUCCUGCUCUUAAACUCGUUUUGGCACAUGCCAAGAGUCGGGUGACGAGCGUACAACUAGCGGCUUCUGCUACUCAUAUUAUCCGUGCUCAAGGCAACCACCACCCAGGACAUUUGGACCACACAGCAGUCGUAACCUCUGUCUACGUUGUCAACCUCAUCAUUUCCUCGACGUCCGAGCAGCCGCAAAGCCAAGUCAAAGCAUGCUAUACGCUGAGGAUGAAAUAGAUUCUUGCGUCGAAGCAGCUGGCCAGGGCGUUCUAGUCAGUUUAGCAUCUCUUGCCAAAUCGAUCACAUCCG